AGGUCCUCUUCACAACAGAGUUAGCAGUUAACACUCAGUCGGGGUGUACGCUUCACCACGUCCAAACGUUAGCAUAACACCGCUUACAUUGUAAUAGAGAAAGAGCAGUGCUACUACAGCUUUUUACCUCUCUGCUUAAGCCCUAAUAAACCACCCCAAAAAAGAUAGCUUGAGGGUCUCGCCUACCGUGCCUCUCCCGCUGCUAUCGUUAUCGUAAAAAGAAGCCAGCAGCUUAACCCCAAGAAACAGAGGAAACAGCGCUCCUCCUGCUUUUGUGUUUGGGUGGGAAAAGCGGGUGCCGUCCAGGCUACAUCUGUGACAUUAUUGCUAUUAUUGUUCUUAAUUAAAGUUACGCUUCUCUUCGUUUUUCUUCCAUUAGCUGGUCUGCCCUCUUUCCUGGACAGCAUUUGGCUUAAUUCAGCUUCUCUCCUUUCCAUUUUAACUCCUUGUUGGUGCAGCUGGUAUUGUUAUUCUGUCUUCUUAAGGUUUUGGGCAUCGGCUUCGCCUUUUGCCUGGUCUAACGAAGUGACUAAAAAGGAAGAUAAAAGCAACGACAAUCAAAACAAACCAUGUCCUCGACGCAUGCCCUACGAGAUAAGUGGUUUGCUAGCUUCCUCCCGCUGCUCACGGCGGACAUGGUCAACACCGAUUACAAAGGCAACUGGCAGCUAGCAUCGCAGGAGCGCACCCAGAAACUGGACUGGAUCACGUCCGUCGAGGAGCUGUGGUCCACCAUGAAUUCGCUGCCGAAGGUGCAUCAGCUAGGCAUGGGCAGCACGCUCAUAUUCGCGCGCAACAAGAAGGAGCCGCCGAGCUACGAGUCGCUUCCGAAUGGGUCGCGUAUUACAAUUAAUCUGUUGCGGCCGCCCACGACGGACGGCGGGCUAGAGCUGGUGCUGGCCACUGUGAUGGGCGAGACGGUAGCCGAGAAGGCUAGCGGGGGCCGGCCGGUGUGCGACGUGUUGCGCAUUGCCGCACGGCCCAGCCGCGAGCACCCCGAGCAGAUCCGCGUGGAGGUGUGGCUGAGUGACUCCACCUGCUCGCACGCCGUGACGGAGUUCCUCGCGGAGGCGAUGAGGGCGAAGGGCCUGGCCGCCAACACGUAUAGCAUCUCGGAGAGCACCUUCGACACCGCCUCGCCCACGACGAAGGAGAGAAAAGGGUCGUCGAUGGUGCUCAGCCCGUCCUCGCCGGCCAUCGCGAAGGAAUAG